AUGAGUGAGAAGAAGUCUCCAUUUCUUUCGCUAUUCCGCCGAAAGAAGCAACGAGUCACUGAGGAUGUGCCCCAGUCUGGAGUGGUCCUGUCGCCAGCCAAGAAAAAUGACAAAGAAAAAACUGGAAAGGAAAACAAAGGUAUUGUGAACAGCAACACGAUGCCUGCUGAUAUGGAUGGAGGCAAGAAGAACAAGAAGACUAAGGUGUCGAAGAAUGGAAAAGAUUUUGGGAAGUCCUUCUCCAUGGACGUUCUCUUGGAAGACGAAGCAGCUGCACUUGUCGAGGCUCUCGAGACAUUUGGUGAUGAGAAACCAACAGUUGCCAGAAGCAUUCCGAAGCAUGCGAGAGUCGUCAAAAAAGAGGACAACUCAAUGAAGAACUGCAUUUUUGAGAAAGAGGUUUACGACACAAUGCUGAGCGACUCGUUGCGAGUUUGCGAGAUGCUCCAAUCCCAUUUGGAUGAUUGCAUCGUUUCUGUCAGAGCUAAAAGUCCAGAGCCCACCUCGUCGUACUCAUUGGAUGGGCGUGAUUCAGGACGUGGAGCAUCAUCACCAUCAUCUACCAUGUCGUCUACUACUAGCCCAGGACUCAGAAGAAUCGCUAAAGAGACUCAUAUGUAG